AUGGUUAUUAUCUCAGUGGUGGCCAACAGGCAGUUGAGGAUCCCAACCAACUAUCUGAUAGUCAACUUGGCCAUUGCUGACCUUCUCCUCAGCACCACCGUUUUACCUUUCUCUUCAGCCCUUGAGAUUGUCGACGCUUGGGUAUUUGGGAAGAUAUUCUGUGACAUUUGGGCUGCCAUGGACGUUCUGUGUUGUACAGCUUCAAUUUUUUCAGCCUCUGCGCCAUUUCCAUCGACAGGUAUAUAG